AUGUCAAGCUCAGAUCUUCAACCUCCAGUCGCCGGAGAUGAUGUCUGGACCGAGAAUGCAAAUCUCAUAAGACAGCUAUACAUAUCCGAAAGACACACUCUAAAGAAGGUCAAAGAAAUACUGGAGAGCCAACACGGAUUUCCUUCUUUUCCAUUAUCGACUUACGAGGUAAAGCUCCGGGAUAAGCUUGGGCUACGGAAGAAGCUCAAGCGAUCAGAUUGGCCAGCUGUGUAUCAGCGGGUUCGGGAUCGUGGGGACAAGGAGACUGGAAUAUAUGUUAAUGGAGCCAGAAUUCCAUGGAAGAAAGCUUGGAAGGAGAUCCGUAGGUCAGGUUACAGAUCUGCUGGCGAUAGCCAGUUAUCUCAACUACCGGCCAGUGUAGUCGUGCGAACACCCUCACCCAUGAUAGAUGUUGCGCCUUCACCAUCAAAACCCCCUCCGCCCCCUGAGUCUACCGAGCCACAGGCGGCAAAUGCGAAUAUGACACUACGGAAGCCGCUGCCAGAAGCCUGUAUUCCUCGCCCAUAA